AUGUUUGGGUUUAGAACUCCAAUGAAACCGAGUGGUGAGGUGUCAUCCCCCCCUAAACCAGGAACGUCAGCUUCCCCUCCCAAUGUUAGGCGAAGCAUAAGCGACUGGGAAGGUGCAUCCACCAACCCCGCUCCAACAAACUCAAGCGCAAAGACGGUCCAGGUGGACAAUACUACCUCUAAACCACGACCGGUACUGUCGAAAGACAACAAACCCACGGCCGCGCGUAGACCAUCUAUCGAUGUCCAAACUCCUCAUGAGAGUAAAUACGAAAAUCGAACGUCGGAGGCAAGGGCCUGCCUGAACAAAGGUAAAUUACAUCUGAGCGCCUCUCGAAAUAUAAAAACCGAGAUUAAAAAUGGAUUGGUUGAGGCACUUGAUCGACUCUACCAGAUUGUUAGGGAAGCUGAAAAGGAGUUAAAAAUAGAAAAGUCUAAAGGUGUUGGUGUUGGUGAUGGGAUUGUGGGGGGGGAGCCGCUGCAAACCAGUACCGACUCUACAUUUAUAGUCAAAACACCGGAACCAACAAGUAGCACCCAGUGCGACCCAAACAUAAUAGCUCGAAUCGAGGAGCAUACGAAGCUGUUGAUCGAAAGCAACAAAAAGAUAGAAGAGCUUAAGGCGUCUAUUGACAGACAAAAGGAGACCUUGGAACGGGCAACCUACGCGAGUGUAGUAUCGAAUAAAACCGCAAACAUACCAAAAGUACGAAGCACGCUGCACUCGGUAGUGGUCACCUCAAAAGAUGAAACUGAAUCAGGGGAAGAGGUGCUCGACAAGGUCAGGAAAGCGGUAGAUGCAAAAGACGGCUGGAUUAAAGUUGAACGGGUAAGGAAAGCGAAGGACAGGAAAAUCAUCAUAGGAUUUGAUACACCGGAAGAAAGAAGUAAAGCCAAGCACAGACUGGAAACCAAGGGGGUGGACCUCACCGUCGAGGAGGUGAGGAACAAAGACCCAUUAUUGAUCCUCUUAAGUGUAUUGUCCAUUAACACCGACGAAGACAUUAUCAAAGCACUGAGGAACCAAAAUGGGUAUGUCUUUCAUGGCCUCGACGGAGCGGAAGACAGGGUGGAAGUGAUUAGUGUGUCACCUACCAUCUGGCGUAGAGCAACAGAAACUGGAUACUUCCAUAUUGACCUCCAGCGUGUCAGAGUGGAUGACCACUCCCCCUUGGUCCAGUGUAGCCGCUGUCUGGGAUAUGGGCAUAGCAAAAAAUUUUGCAAAGAACCAGCAGACAUAUGCAGCCAUUGCGGCGGCCCUCACCAGGGAGCGGAGUGCGCUGAUAGGAUUAAUGGUGAACCACCCGCUUGUAAGAACUGCACAAGGGCUAAACUGGAUCAGGCAGAGCAUAACGCCUUUAGCCGUGAUUGCCCUAUUCGCCAAAAAUGGGAUAAGAUAGCGCGAUCAUCUGUAGCCUACUGCUAA